UCUUCCCACUUGGAAAGAGGCUCGCCGACGCGUCUGGGAACCAAAACCCGCAGAGCUCUCUGACUUCAACACCGGACCACCUCACUCUCCCCUUUUUCAGGCUUGGGGGUCUACAGCAAAGGCUUAAACUUUUUUUUAUUGGUAAUUUUUUUCCAUCAAAACUAAAGAAAUUCCACCAGCCUCCUCUAUAGCUUCAUUCAUGUGCUGCUGAGCCAGAGGAGCUGAAGAUGAAGAGCAGGCUGUCUCUGGCGGCGGCGGCUGCCCUCCUGGCGCUGCUGCUGUCCUCCUCUCAGGCCCAGAACCAAGUGGACGCUCCGUCAGAUUUGAGGUUUAAGAUUUUAAAUACAAACACAGUACAAAUGAUCUGGAGCAGACCGCGGUCGAGGAUACAAGGCUACAGAAUACAAGUGACCUCAGACACAGGAGAACCAACAAAAGAAUUUACUCUGCCUGCAUCUGCGACUAAGACCUCCAUCUCAGACCUGAGUCCAGAUGUGGAUUAUGUCGUAACGAUAGCCGCGUACGCCGGAUCAGAGGAGAGUCUGCCCAUCUCCGGCCAGAUCACAAUUGAGUCAAGUGGCAGCUCAAGAGGAACUUCCAAGAAACCAGACCCUUCAGAUUCAGUCAAAUGCUCUGCGACCACCGUCGCUGAUGUGGUGUUUUUGGUGGACGGCUCCUGGAGCGUCGGCAGGCCCAACUUCAGAUACAUCCGCAACUUUAUCUCAGCAGCAGCCGGAGCCUUUCAGAUUAGCGAGGAUGGAACCCGGGUUGGUGUGGUCCAAUACAGCGACGGCGCCAGAACUGAGUUCAAGCUGAACGAACACCUGAGUCGACCGGUGCUGCUGCGGGCCAUCGGCUCGCUGCCGUACAAAGGAGGCAACAGCAUGACAGGCGACGCCCUUGACUACCUGCUGAAAAAUACUUUCACUGAGGCUGCCGGUGCCAGGGAGGGUUUUCCCAAAGUGCUGGUGAUCAUCACAGAUGGCAAAUCUGAGGAUCCAGUGGAGCUUUAUGCAAAGCAGCUCAGGAGCAGGGGGGUGGAGAUCUUUGUUCUCGGUAUCCAACAAGCUGAUGAAGACGAGAUGAAGCUGAUGGCCUCCACCCCUCACAGAAGCCACGUCUUUUCCGUUGCUAACUUCGACAUGAUCAAGAAUGUGCAGAAAGAGCUCAUCACUCAGGUGUGCGCUGGCGUUGACGAUCAAGUCAACUCACUUGUCAGCGGAGAAGAAGCCAUUGAGCCAGCCUCUAACCUCCGAGUCGUGGAGGUGGCCUCCAAGUCCAUGCGACUGAUUUGGGACGCUUCUAUGGGAUACGUUUCCAGAUACAGAAUUCAAAUGAUCCCCAUGAUGACCGGCAGUAAGCAGCAGGAUCUAUACGUGGGUCAAGGUCAGACCUCAGUGGUGGCCAGAGAACUUUCUCCAGACACAGAGUACCAGAUCAAUCUGUUCGCCCUGAGGGAGCUGGCGUCCAGUGAGCCUGUCACAAUCAUGCAGAAGACGGAGCCAGUUCAAGUCUCACUGGAGUGCUCCCUUGGCGUGGAUGUGAAGGCUGAUGUCGUCCUCCUGGUUGAUGGAUCCUACAGCAUUGGUUUGUCCAACUUUGCUAAAGUGAGAGCUUUCCUCGAGGUGUUGGUGAACACCUUUGACAUUGGGCCGAAUAAGGUUCAGAUCAGUUUGGUCCAGUACAGCAGGGACCCUCACACUGAGUUCUACCUUAACACUCACCACGAUCUGAACGCUGUGGUCAAGGCUGUGAGGACUUUCCCAUAUCGUGGCGGCUCCACCAACACCGGCAGGGCCAUGACAUACGUGAGGGAGAGGAUCUUCCAGACUAGCAAAGGGGCACGUUCCGACGUUCCCCGUGUCACCAUCCUCAUCACUGACGGAAAGUCGUCCGACGCUUUCCAGGAUCCGGCCACCAAGCUGAGGAACGCUGAUGUGGAGAUCUUUGCUGUGGGCGUCAAGGAUGCUGUACGAAGUGAGCUUGAGGCCAUUGCCAGUGCACCUUCACAGACCCAUGUGUACACUGUUGAAGACUUUGACGCCUUCCAGAGAAUUUCCAAAGAGCUUACACAAUCCAUCUGCCUGAGGAUUGAGCAGGAACUCCGCAAGAGACAGCUGGUCCCACCGAGGUCCCUGUCCUUCUCAGAAAUCUUCCCCAGAAGCUUCAAAACUUCAUGGGAGAUAGAUGCCAGCAACGUUGAGUCCUUCUAUGUCCAGUUCAGGCCAGCAGAUGACUCUGAUGCCAAUUACAUGUCCGUGUCUGUGCCCGGGAACACCCUCACGACCGUCCUCCCCUACCUCACCCCUCUCACCCGCUAUGAAGUCAACGUUUAUGCUAAUUAUGAAAAAGGGGAAAGCUUGCCUUUAACCGGCUAUGAGACCACUUUAGAAGAACCAGGCUCUGUGGGCAACUUAAGAGUAUCUGAAGAGACAACGAACAGCUUCAGAGUGUCAUGGACGCCUGCUCCAGGAGACGUCACUCGCUACAGACUGACCUACAAACCAGCUUCAGUUGCUGAGACCACAUGGAUGGAGACGACCACAGGGGGUGCAGAGACGACAACUGUGCUGCAGGAGCUUCGGCCCAAAACCACUUACCUCGUCAUGGUCACUCCUGAGUACCAGGCUGGUUCUGGAGAACCGCGGAAGACUCAAGGCACCACCAAAGAGGAGGUGGGCCCUCCCAAAGACCUCGUCACCAGCGAUGUAACUGACAGCAGCUUUGCGGUUUCCUGGACGGCUGCUCCUGGAAACGUGGAGACAUAUCGAGUUCGGUGGAAGUCACUGUUUUCUGAGGAGGCUGGAGAGAAAACAGUGCCAGGACAUGUAACAAACACCGUGCUGGAAGGUCUGAGUCCCGAGACGCUUUACCAAGUCUCUGUGGUCGCCGCCUACGGUUACAAAGACAGCGACCCACUCACUGGACAGGAAACCACUGAUGCCACUGCUGCUGCUAAAAGCCUGACAGUGUCGGAUGAGACCGAACGAACCAUGAACGUCACAUGGAUGCCUGCACCGGGCAAGGUGGUCAACUACCGGCUGAAGUAUAGUCCCAGGGGUGGAGGCAAAGAAGUGGUCCUGAAGAUCCCUGGGGCUGUCACUUCCACCAUCAUGAAAAACCUGCAGCCCAUGACCACUUACGACAUCACUGUUCUGCCCAUCUACAAGCGCAGGGAAGGAAAAGCAAGGCAAGGAGUAGGAACGACACUGUCACCCUUUAAGGCUCCCAGGAACCUCCAGACCUCAGAGCCCACCAAGACCAGUUUCAGAGUCUCCUGGGAUCCAGCACCCGGGGAGGUUAGAGGCUAUAAAGUGACCUUUCACCCCACAGGGAAGGAUUUUGACCUGGGGGAGCUCCUGGUUGGACCCUAUGAUAACACAGUUGUUCUGGAGGAACUCAGGCAAGGAACAAAGUACUCUGUUGCUGUUUUUGGGAUGUUUGAUGGAGGGGAGAGUUUGCCUCUUGCAGGAGAGGAGAAGACAACCCUCAUUGACGAUGCUGAACCUCCUCCUCUCGAUCCUUCUGACACUCAGUGUAAGACCACAGCGAGGGCCGACAUCGUGCUGCUGGUCGAUGGUUCCUGGAGCAUCGGUCGCAUCAACUUUAAAACCAUCCGCAACUUCAUCGCUCGCAUGGUCAGCGUGUUUGACAUCGGCCCUGACAGAGUCCAGAUUGGUCUGGCUCAGUACAGUGGAGACCCAAAGACCGAAUGGCACCUGAACGCCCACCCGACCAAGGACUCUCUGCUUAACGCCAUCGCCAACCUGCCAUAUAAAGGAGGAAACACCAUGACAGGAAUGGCUCUGAACUACAUCCUCCAGAACAACUUCAAAGCCAACGUCGGGAUGCGUUCAGACUCUCGAAAAAUUGGUGUUCUGAUCACUGACGGAAAGUCCCAGGAUGAAAUCGUCUUCAACUCCCAGAACCUGAGAGACAGCGGCAUCGAGCUCUACGCUAUCGGUGUGAAGAACGCUGAUGAGAAUGAGCUGAGGUCCAUCGCCACCGACCCAGAUGAGAUUCACAUGUACAACGUCAACGACUUCCAGUUCCUGCUGGACAUUGUUGAUGACCUCACUGUUAACCUGUGUAACAGCGUCAAGGGCCCAGGUGGUGGAGUCGAGGCGGCCACCAACCUGGUGACCUCGGAGGUGACCCACCGCUCCUUCCGUGCCACCUGGACGGCACCCGACGGUCCCGUGGAGAAGUAUCGCAUCACUUACAUGAUGGUGGCUGGAGGACCCACCAUGGAGCUGAUAGUUGAUGGGACGGUGACCAGCGUAGUCCUGGAAAACCUGACCCCUCUGACCGAGUACCUCGUCAAUGUUUACUCCGUGGUUGGUGAGGAGAGCAGCGAGCCUCUGAAGGGCACCGAGACCACCUUGCCGCUGUCAGCUGUGAAGAACAUGAAUGUCUAUGAUGAGACCACAAGCACCAUGAGGGUGAGCUGGGAGGCAGCUGCUGGGGCUUCAGGCUACAUGUUGCGGUACAGACCCAUCAACGCCACAGAGGAUCAGCUGGAGAGAGAGGCUCGUGUUGGCGGAGAUGUAACAAGCACCCAGCUGGUGCAACUGAUACCCAACACAGCGUACGCCAUCACAAUUUACGCCCUGUACGGUGAAGCUGCCAGCGAACCUCUGGAGGGAAGAGGAGUCACCUUGCCCAUACCUCCUGCUGGAGUCCUGAGAAUCACUGAUGUUACUCACAGCACCAUGAGGCUCAACUGGGAUGCUGCUCCUGGAGCGGUCCGCAAAUACAUGAUCACCUACAAACCAGAGGAGGGAGACCUGAAAGAGGCUGAGGUCGAGGGUGACAUCACCACCCUAGUGCUGACCAGCCUCAUUUCCCAGACUGAGUACGACGUGGCCGUGACCCCGAUAUACGACGAGGGACCCGGAGCCCCGAUGCUUGGAACCGCCAUCACUGAUGUUGUUCCUGCUCCCAAGAACCUGCAGUUCUCUGAGGUGACCCAGAGCUCCUUCAGAGCCACCUGGGAGCAUGGAGCCCCAGAUGUGGCCCUCUACCGCAUCGGCUGGACCAAGAGGGGCGAGAACAACUACCAGUUUGCCAUCCUGAACAAUGAUGAGACCUCCAACGUUCUGCAGAACUUGGACCCCGACACUGAAUACACCGUCACCGUCACAGCUAUCUACCCAGACGAAUCUGAGAGCGAAGACUUGAUGGGAAACGAGCGUACACUGUCAAGGAGUGCAGUGGUGGAAUCUGAGCCUCCACGAAACCUGAGGGUCAUCAACGCCACCACCACCAGUCUGACCGCCAAGUGGGAACACGCCCCCGGCGCCGUCCAGAACUACAAGAUCACUUACAGGCCUGUCGCUGGAGGCGAGCCUCUUACGACGCAGGUUGGAGGGAAGAAGACGAGCGCUGUCCUGCCGAAGCUGGAGCCCGACACUCCGUACACCGUCAGCGUUGCAGCUGUAUACGCCACUGCGGUCAGCAGAGACAUCUCCGCAGAAGGAAAAACGAAACCUCUGGGCGGAGUGAGGAACCUGCAGGUGUUGAACCCGACCAUGACCACCCUGAACGUACGCUGGGAGCCGGCUGAGGGCAGAGUGAAGGAGUACAAAGUCAUCUAUGUUCCCGCCGCCGGAGGAGCUGAGAGCAUGGAAACGGUGUCAGCAGGCACAACCACAACCAUCCUGAGAGGCCUGCAGCCCGACACCCUCUACACUGUCUCUCUGGUGCCAGUUUACGCUGCAGGAGAUGGAAAGAUGAUGUCUGAAAAUGGAAAGACAAGGCCUUUGGGAGGAGUGAAGAGCUUGAUUGUGAAGGACCCCACGAUGACGUCUCUGACUGUGGACUGGCAACCAGCUGACGGAGCUGUUCGCCUCUACAAGGUCUUCUAUGUGCCGACUGCUGGUGGGCGAGAGGAGAUGGAACAAGUUCCUGCAGGCACCAACUCCAUCAUCCUCAGGAACUUGUUGCCUGAUACACAGUACACAGUGUCAGUGCUACCGGUGUACCCUGCCAGGGAAGGAAAACGCCUAUCUGAGGAUGGAAAGACAUUGCCUUUGGGUGGAGUGGGUGGAAUGAGGGUGACCAACCCGACCAUUACCACACUCACUGUAAACUGGGAUCCUGCUGAUGGCAACGUUCAGGGCUACAAAGUGAUCUAUGUUCCUGUAGAUGGUGGACUGGAGAUUGUGGAGCAAGUGUCAGAGAGCACCACCUCGACCGUCCUGGAGAAACUCCUGCCAGACACCCGAUACACCGUCACCGUGGUGCCCGUCUACGCAGAGGGAGACGGACCAACCAUUUCUGACACUGGCAAGACAAAGCCGCUGGGUUUUGUGAGGAACCUGCAGGUUACAGAUCCCACCACCAGCACCUUGAACGUACGCUGGGAGCCCCCUGAGGGAAACGUCCGCGAGUACAUCGUGAUCUGGGUGCCAACUGCUGGAGGAGACCAGGACGUGGACUCAGUGUCUGGAACCACUACCUCCACCGUCCUGAAGAACCUGGAGCCAAACACAGAGUACACCGUCACUGUGGUGCCCGUCUACCCUGAGAUGGAGGGGAAGCCCCUGUCUGAAAACGGGAAGACAAAUCCUUUGGGUGGAGUGAAGAACCUGCAGGUGAUCGACCCAACCAUCAGCACCCUGACGGUCCGCUGGGAACCAGCAGUGGGGAACGUCCGAAGCUACAAAGUCUUCUACGCUGCCCAGCCAGGAGGAGAAGAACGAAUGGAGGAGGUGUCAGGCGGCACCACCACCACCAUCCUGAGGAACCUGGACUCCGACACUCUCUACAACGUGGCCGUUGUUCCCGUGUACCCGGAUGUGGAGGGCAUCAGGCAGGCUGAGAAGGGAAAGACAAAACCUCUGGGUGGAGUGAAGAAUCUCCAGGUGACUGACCCCACCAUUAACUCCCUGAGGGUUCGCUGGGAGCCGGCCGAGGGCGACGUCAGGCAGUACCAAAUCAUCUACGUCCCCGCUGCCGGAGGAACCGACACCAUGACGCAGGUGUCUGGGAUGACGACCAACACUGUGCUGAGAGAAUUACGUCCGGACACUGAGUACAAAGUGACACUGGUGCCCAUCUACUCCGACGCGGAGGGAAAACGCAUGUCGGAGAACGGAAAGACAAAGGCUCUGGGUGGCGUGAAGAAUCUCCAAGUCACUGAUCCCACCACCAACUCUCUCAAGGUGCGCUGGGAGCCUGCGGAGGGCAACGUCCGCCAGUACCGCAUCUUCUAUGUCCCUGCAUCCGGAGGCGCCGAGGACAUGGAGCAGGUGUCUGGCGGCACUACCAACACCAUCCUCAGGAGCCUGCUGUCAGACACUCCCUACACAGUGACCGUGGUUCCAGUUUACCCAGAGGGAGAAGGUCUGCGCCAGUCCGACAAGGGAAAGACACUCCCACGCACGCCACCCAAGAACAUCCAGGUGUACAACCCCACCCCCAACAGCCUGAACGUGCGCUGGGAGCCCGCCUCAGGCCAGGUUCAGCAGUACCGGGUGGUUUAUGCCCCCCUGAGCGGCGUCAAACCCAGCGAGUCGGUCCUGGUUCCAGGGAAUACUAACAAUGCCUUCCUGGACAACCUGAUCCCAGAUACUCCGUACUCCGUCAGUGUCUCUGCUCUGUAUGCUGACGGCGUGGGAGAGCCAGUGAAGGACACCGGCAAGACAUUGCCCCGUGCUGGUCCCAGGAACAUGCGAGUGUAUGGCGCCACCACCAGCACCCUGACCAUCGCCUGGGACCACGCCGAGGGACCCGUGAGGCAGUACAAGAUCGCUUACGCUCCCAUGACUGGAGACCCUAUCACCGAAUUUACUGUGGUUCCAGGAAACAGAAACAAUGCCAGGCUGCAGAAUCUGCUCCCAGACACCCCGUACAACAUCACUGUGGAGGCCGUCUACGCCGAGGGGCCUGGAGGGUCGCUCAACGGAAACGGACGCACACUCGGCAUGUCGAGCCCCAGGAACCUUCGUGUCUCAGAUGAGUGGUACACCCGAUUCAGGGUGGCCUGGGACGCAGUACCUGCUCCUGUCCAGGGAUACAGGCUGAUCUACUCCCCUGAAGGGACAAACCAGCCCAUAGAUUUCUUCGUGGGUGACGUGACUUCUUACACUCUGCACAACCUGCAGCCUGGAACCACCUACGAUGUCAAAGUGCUGGCUCAGUACACCACCGGCAUGAGCGCACCGCUCACUGGACAGGGAACAACACUUUACCUGAACGUCACCAACAUCGAGACCUUCGACGUCGGCCACGACAAGUUCUGCAUCAAAUGGACCGCUCACAGAGCUGCCACGUCGUACCGCAUUAAACUCAACCCAGUGGACCCCUCCAGUAAAGGGCAACAUGAGAUCACCAUCCCUGCCGGCCUGCCUCAGUACUGCUUUGACGGACUGUCCCCCGAUGCUCUGUACACCGCCACUGUCUUUGUUCAGACCCCCAAUCUGGAAGGUCCAGGAGUCAGCACCAAUGAGAGAACCUUGGUGAAACCAACUCCAGUUCCAACACUCCCUCCAACUCCAACUCCUCCACCCACCAUCCCCCCUGCAUGGGCAGUUUGCAAAGGUGCCAAAGCAGAUGUUGUGUUCCUCAUUGACGGCUCGUGGAGCAUCGGUGAGGAGAGCUUCACCAAAGUCGUGCACUUCGUCUCCGGCAUGAUUGGUGCUUUUGAUGUCAUCGGACCCUCCGGAAUGCAGGUGUCGUUCGUGCAGUACAGUGACGACGCAAAGACCGAGUUCAAGCUGAACGCUUACCAAGACAAAGGUGUCGCCAUGGCCUCACUUUAUCACAUUCGCUACAGAGGAGGAAACACCAAGACAGGAGUGGCACUGAAACACACAUAUGAGAAGGCCUUUUCUAUUGAGAAUGGGAUGAGGAGGAACGUGCCCAAGGUGGUCGUAGCUAUCACUGACGGACGCUCUCAGGACGAGGUGAAGAAGAGCGCCGCCAAGCUGCAGCAUGCAGGUUACAGUGUUUUUGCCAUCGGUGUUGCUGAUGUGGAUUUUGUCGAGCUGCAGGAGAUUGGCAGCAAACCCAGCGAGAGACACGUCUUCGUCGUGGACGACUUUGACGCUUUCGACACCAUCAAAGAAAACCUGAUUACCUUCAUCUGUGAAACCGCAUCCUCAUCUUGUCCCUUGAUUUUCCUGAAUGGAUUCACUUCACCUGGUUUCAGGAUGCUCGAAGCGUUCAACCUGACAGAGAAGACCUACAGUUACACCAAAGGCGUCUCGAUGGAGCCCGGCUCCUUCAACAGUUACACAGCAUACAGACUUCACAAGAACGCCUACCUGAGUCAGCCCACUACAGAGAUCCACCCCGACGGUCUUCCCCACGCCUACACCAUCAUCCUGAUGUUCCGCCUCCUUCCCGACACGCCCACCGAGGCCUUCGACAUCUGGCAGGUGUCAAGCAAAGAUCACAAGCCAGAGACCGGCGUCACUAUCGACCCCUCCAGCCAGACGUUGUCCUUCUACAACAAAGACGAACGCGGCGAGAUCCAGAGAGUCACAUUUGACAACAGCGAAGUGAAGAAGAUGUUCCAUGGAAGCUUCCACAAGCUCCAUAUCCUGGUUUCAUCCACCGGCGUCAAACUCAACAUCGACUGCCAAGAAGUGGCUGAGAAGGAGAUCAAGGCCGCUGGAAACACAUCCAGCGAUGGCUACCAGGUUCUGGGCAAGAUGUCCAAGUCUAUCGGCUCCAAAGGACAAUCAGCAACUUUCCAGCUCCAGAUGUUCGACAUUGUCUGCAGCUUGGCUUGGACCAGCAGGGACAGAUGUUGUGACCUCCCAUCAAUGAGAGAUGAGCUGAAGUGUCCCUCUCUUCCCAACUCCUGCAUCUGCACCUCAGAGGCCACCGGGGUGCCGGGGCCUCAGGGACCAGUGGGUGCACCUGGCAGCAAAGGCCCCCGAGGUGAAAGAGGAGAGGCCGGUUCAGCUGGACCAAUGGGGCUGCGAGGAGAUAUCGGACCACCUGGGCCCAUGGGUCUUCCCGGACCUCAAGGACCAAGCGGGAUGUCGAUUCCAGGAGAGGCUGGCCGUCCUGGACCAAAGGGAGACCCUGGUGACUCAGGCUUACCUGGACAGAAAGGUUCAUCGGGUCCUCCUGGUGCUGUCGGCCCCAUUGGAGCAGCUGGAGUGAGGGGUCCACAAGGAAAGGAAGGACCGGCCGGACCCAGAGGCCCCGCAGGGCCCAUGGGACCUCCAGGAUCUCCUGGAAUACCAGGUCCUGCAGGAAAACCAGGAAAUCCCGGCGACUCUGGAGUCCCUGGUGCUCUAGGUCCCAAGGGAGACAAAGGAGAGAGAGGCGACUUUGCUCCUCAGAACAUGAUGCGAUCCAUUGCCAGACAAGUGUGUGUGCAGUUAGUCAAUGAACAAAUGACUCGCGUCAACACAUUACUGAACCAGAUCCCCAACGGCAUGUACCGCAGCAAUAGCCCGGGCCCUGCAGGGCCUCCCGGACCUCCCGGCAGGCAGGGACCCCGUGGAGAGGUGGGCGCCGCAGGAAGGAACGGUUUCCCUGGAAGUCCUGGAUUACCAGGCCAGCAGGGAGAGAGAGGUCCCGCAGGAGAGAAAGGUGAUCGAGGAACUUCAGGACUCGGACAGAAAGGACCAAGGGGGCCUGCAGGUCCACCAGGAGAAAGCAGGACAGGAUCCCCAGGAACACCAGGCUCUGCUGGACCUCGCGGUCCACCUGGACGUCCAGGCUACGCUGGAAUCCGCGGGCCUCCUGGACCUGCUGGAUACUGCGACUCUUCUCAGUGUGUUGGUAUUCCUUACAAUGGGCAAGGAUACGGAGGUUCACCAUAGUAGACUUGUUAUGCCACCUGUGCUGCUUUCACUGACUUCCUGAAAAAAACAAAAGUCCUGUAACUGAAACACUUGCUCACACACUCUAGAGCUGUUUAAAGGAUAACCGCCAAAGGAAACAAUUAACAAACUGUGCUGAAAAACAACAACAACAAAGAGGGAACCAGUACUAACAACGACUCACAGCCAGUAGAACAAAACAGCACCAGCAGCAGCGGUGAUGGCACCGACCUGUUUAGUGGCCUGUUUGCAUCUUGAAGCCAAAGACCAAACAAAGAAACCUUGAGUUGAGUGGAGGAGCAUGCACCAAACAACAACAACAAACAACCCAAACAAAUACUAACAAAGGUGGAUUUGUAACAGAGAAACCAGUGCAGCCACCGCAGCAUCACCAGCAACAGCAGCAGCAGCAACAACAACUCUGUUAACAGCAUUUCUCUCCAUGUGACAUGUAAAUAAACUAAUGUGUGCCUUGUAAAUGAUGUUUGAAUCCAGUCCACUAAAUCCACUCUUUAACAUCUGUAGUUUUAAAGCUUGUGCCUUGCAAACAACAACCUGCUGCUUGCCGAAUGCCAACAAAACCGCCUUUUUUUAUUAUUUUUUAUUUUCCUGCCCAUGUGUCUGUAGCUGUUUUAAACUGCUCAGGGCCAUACUGAACCACUUCUGCACAUGUGACCCUGGAGUUUUAGAUUUACCACUUUAUGUAAAAAACAAAAAAACAAUUCACUUUCCUUUUUUAUUGGUUUUAUUUGACAUUUCUCCCCAAACCACCUAUACCGUUUCUGUAUGGUAUAAACUGCUAACAAUGCAAUCCCAAAGAAGUCUCUCCAGGUUGAUGGUAGAAGAACUCGUACUUGAUCUUUAUGUAGAAAUGUUUUGUUUUAAUUUGUAAAUGAAAGAUUUGUGGAGAAAUGGCAGUGUUGGUAUUUCCUGUGUUGUAAAGUCACCUGACUCUGUAAUCAGACUAACACCUGAACUUUUAACAUCAGUACAAAGAGAGAACAUUAAUGAACUGCAAUGUCACCAGGGGCGUGUCCAAGGGGGCCUUGGGUGACCUGAUCCCACAGUCACUAAAUCUGAUUUGGUGGUGGCCCAACCAAUAACAGUCUAUAAGAUGCAUGCUUGAGAAAUUCUGUAGUUUUGAGAAAAUAUUACCAAGAACUCCAUCUGGUAGCGUGAUAGCAGAUGGAGUUUGCCCAGUUGUUAUUGAAGAGUGAAAAUUUCCUAAUUGUUCCCUAUGAAAUGAGUACAAAAAAAAAGCAAAUUUUCACUGUUGAGAAGCAGGAAGUUAAAUUAAUAUUUAACUUUUUUUUGUUGUAAAAAAUGACUUGAACAUUUGAUUGAUUAAUUCAAUCAAAACCUGAGAUCGACUCAUCACUUAACGUGUACUUUAAACUGACAAUACUGAUUUAAAGCUGGAGUGUGGAACUUUUAAAGUAUAGUUACAUU